UUUUUUUCUCUCUCUCUCUCACCGAAGGGAAAGGAACAUUGCUCGCUCUGCGACCCACGAAGCGAACAAGCAUUGUGCAUUAUGAUGCGCCGCAGUGUACUGUCUCUUCGAAAGAUGCUGCUGCAGCUGCUGCUGCUUUCCACCGCCGGACCAACUUGUCUUGAAGGGAGGCCUCUGAAUGAAGAAAGGAUUGACUCACCGUCGGCACCCAGCGUCACGAGCAGGCGGCAAGAGAUCGGAGUCCUCGGAGUUCCCAUCCACCAAGGUCAGCGCAAGCUCGGUGUCGAAAAGGGUCCACAGUUUCUGCGCGACGCUGGACUCAUGGACAAGCUCAGAGACCUCGGUCACCAGGUCGAGGACCUCGGCGACGUCCGCAUCGAAGGCGAGCCGGACGUCACCGAUUUCGGCGCGAUCGACUCAGACGUCGUGGGACAGACCAACAAGAACGUGCGCGACGCAGUGGCAGAGGUGCUUCGAUCGGGCCGGGUCUCGCUGAACCUGGGCGGAGACCACACCAUGUCCAUCGGCACCGUCAGCGGCCACGCCAAUUCCACGGACUCGGAGGUGGCGCUCAUCUGGGUGGACGCGCACGGUGACAUCAACACACCCAGCUCCUCCACGUCAGGCAACAUCCACGGCAUGCCACUCUCCUUUCUCGUGCACGAGCUGGCGCCGUACGUCGUGAAACCUAAAGGACUUGAGUGGGUGCAGCCUUGUGUCCGGAAGGACAACCUGGUCUACAUUGGUUUGAGGGACGUUGACCCUUACGAACGGUACUUUAUGGACCAUCUUGGCAUAAGGACGUACGACAUGGGCGACAUCGACCGCCUUGGUAUCCAGGCCGUCGUGCAGAGAACACUGCAGGAGAUUAACCCGACGGGAGACAAGUCCCUGCAUAUCAGCUUCGACAUCGACUCAAUCGACAAGUUAGUUGCACCGAGCACGGGAACGCCAGUCCUAGGAGGACUCACUCUUCGGGAGGCGUUGGUCAUCGCGGAAGAAGUAAGCAAGUCUGGUCAGCUCAGGGUGCUCGAUCUCGCCGAGGUGAACCCGCUGCUGGGUGACGAGCAGGACGCCGGUAACACCGUCGACUGCGGCGUGAAGCUGGUCGACGCGUUUUUCGGCAGCCCUCGCGGCGGACACCAGCCCCUCGAACUCGACGCCAGCAUCAUCGACCCGAACUGCCUGUCCUGCCCGUGAAACCGAUGUGACCACGUGACUUCACGACCCACUUGUACGAACGGUAGUCUGUACGCGCUGCAAACUAAUUUACACCCUCGAGAGUGCAUAUAAGGGUGCGCGUGCGCAUAAAUCGCACCCUUACACCUUUGCGGGUGUGAGUUGCAGACUGAUUUACACCCUUGUGCACCCUAAAGGGUGUAAGUUUACCAUGCAGUCAGGAGGAAUGACGUACCGCUAUAUAGGCGGCGAACAAAAAGAACGAAUAAACUUUACCCGACUCCAAUCUAACUAUUGUAAAGAACGGCGGGUUGCACAACAAGAUUGUCACCUUGCCACCCGAUUACGACAAGGGGUGCAAGACGCGCACCUCCCGCUCUCCACCUCUCCGUGCUGCAGCUGCGAGGCGUUCAAAGAAGCGACCUUUGCGCUGGAACCCGCCGCCUUCCUCCAGCCCCUUCGACAUGGUGACGGGACGAAUUCGGUGUGUGGACAAUGAUUCUAGAGUUCCCCAAUGCGGAGCUGAUUUGACACGCCUGAAGAAGCUACCGCGGGAACGUCUUAUUUUUGUGCUUCUCACGGUUUGGAGUGGCUCGGAACAAUGAGCGACGCGCGAUCGACAACGUCGAUUUUCCGGAACGGCACCACCUUCAACGCCGUCGCUUGGGCUUCGGAAUGUGUGUGCCUUUGUGUCUGUAAACUGGUCUUCAGAGCAGCUGCGAGUUGGUGGUGUGUAAACGAACAGCCGCCGCGUCGUAGGACCAGCGGAUCGAGUGUAUAAAAACUGUGGUUGUGCGAUUGUUGGACGCACUUCUCUUGAGCAGUCAUGUUAGACUGAGUUAAUUUUCUGUAAAUAAACCCCUUUUUCCUCGUU